AUGCCAACCUUUGAAUCCAUUCCAUUGCAUCCCGUGCUCAAGCAACGGCUGUUGGAGCCACCGAAUCCAGGUGGUGUGAGCAUUUCCACACCUCAAGCCCUGCUGUCAAGAACGCCUCAAGCGCUGGCCGAUCAAAUCUUGUUGACAAAAUCAUCCAAAGAUGGAAGCAAGGCUAGUAACAACAUUGGCGACCAAGCCACUAUGAAACAAAUUGAUACCCUCCGAAGUCAAGUCGCACAUGUCAUGAUGGCACAAACAAGGAUGGGAAAAUACCGCCUCCAGCAACAACAGCUGUACGAUGACAGCACGGUACAAUACGACACCAAAAACGGUACUGAGCAUUACUAUGCCACGCGACCUCUCGUAUUGGGGGCGACUGUUAGUGCAAUGCAAGCAUGGCAACAAGAACAGGAGCGAAAAGGACCGAUCACCAAUCUUUCCACCGGUUGCCGUGCCUUGGAUGAGUUGCUUUCCCUUCCAGCAGAGUAUUCAAAUCCUCACCCUUAUGCUCUUCAACAAGAGCAAAAUGGUCAGCCGCAACAGCAUCCUCAUCAUAGUGCAAUGCUGGGUUUUCCACGAGGACAUCUUUUAUCUUUUUCGGGUCAUUCCGGAUCGGGUAAAUCCCAAUGGUGCCUACAACUUGCGGCCCAAGCCUUGCGACAGCCAUGGAUCCAGCAGUUCCCUACGGCUCGAGUUCGAUAUUGCUACAGUGGCGCCGGUCACGAUGGCAAUGCCUUGGCCCAACGUCUGUCCCAACUGCUCCAACAUCAAGUAUCACCAAUGUCGCCUUCUUCUCCUUUCUCUUCAGGUGCUUUGGAAAAGGUCGAAUAUCAGCCUAUUCGUACUACGACACAAUUGGUAGCGAUAUUGCAAGCGUUGGAAGACGAACUAUUAGAAGCAUCCUCGUAUGGCACCCGUAGUACUACAACAGCGGGCACCACUUUUCCGACACACAAUGCAAACCAAGGAGGAGGGAUGAUCUUACACCACCAACCUCCAUUUGUGCUCGUUGUCGAUUCCUUGUCCAACCUGGAAGUCCAGGGUGACCCAUCUCAAAUGUCUCGCCUCCUUCGUACUUUGAAACGAUUGGCACGGCAAUAUUCCCUGUGGGUGGUAGUGACUCUUUCCGAACACCACCACAAGGGCAACAAGAAUGCACCAGCGACCAACCUACCCGGUGAUUAUCACGUGCUGUGCCAAUCCAUGACUGUCACUGCACCUCCACCAACACCCGAAACUUCCGCUAUUACCACCACAACAACCAUUCAGGCGACUCUGUGGAAACAUCCCGCCAAACUGGACCAACCGUCCAUUACGCUCUUUCAUACACCAUCGGGAAUGUCCACAAGGGCUUCCCCUACCAUGUAA